CGGCGGCGGCGGCGGCGGAGGCGAGCCGGGGCGGCGGCGCGGCGCAGGGGCCGCCCGCGGCCAGGUGAGGCCGGCCGAGCGCUCGGGGCGCCGCCGGCACUGCGGGGCCGCCGGGCCGCGGGGCGAGGCGAAGGCGGCGGCGGCGGCGGCCUCGGAGGAAGAGAGAGAGGGUCGCCGCCUGGGCUGCUCGGGCAGCGCCGUCGCUGUAUUUCCUGUUUGGAUCGUCUCUAGCUUCUCCGCAGCUGCUGCCUCCGGUCCCCGCACACUCCCACUCGCCCCCGCUCCCCCGGCGCCUCCGCGGAAGCCGCCCUCCGCCCGGGCUCGCUCCUCCCGCCCGGGGACGCCCCUGGCCGCCCCUCGCGGGCCGCGCGGGCCAGCCCCGCCGAGACCAUGAGGAAAUUCAACAUCAGGAAGGUGCUGGACGGCCUGACCGCCGGCUCGUCCUCGGCCUCGCAGCAGCCGCCGCCGCAGCAGCACACGCCGGGGAGCCGGGAGCCCGAGAUCCAGGAGACGCUCCAGUCCGAGCACUUCCAGCUCUGCAAGACUGUUCGCCAUGGAUUUCCCUAUCAACCCUCAGCCCUGGCCUUCGAUCCUGUACAGAAGAUCCUAGCAGUGGGAACUCAGACUGGUGCUUUAAGGCUCUUUGGUCGUCCAGGAGUAGAAUGUUAUUGCCAGCAUGACAGUGGAUCUGCAGUCAUCCAGCUCCAGUUCCUGAUUAAUGAGGGAGCUCUUGUGAGUGCCUUGGCUGAUGAUACGUUGCAUUUAUGGAAUUUACGCCAAAAGAGACCUGCCAUACUACAUUCACUUAAAUUUUGUAGAGAAAGGAUUACAUUUUGCCAUUUGCCUUUCCAGAGUAAAUGGCUCUAUGUGGGCACUGAACGAGGUAACAUACAUAUUGUCAACGUGGAGUCCUUCACCCUCUCAGGCUACGUCAUUAUGUGGAAUAAAGCCAUUGAACUGUCAUCUAAGUCUCAUCCAGGACCUAUUGUACAUAUAAGUGAUAAUCCAAUGGAUGAAGGAAAGCUUUUGAUUGGCUUUGAAUCUGGAACAGUAGUUUUAUGGGACCUCAAAUCAAAAAAAGGCGACUACAGAUACACAUAUGAUGAGGCUAUCCACUCAGUGGCUUGGCAUCAUGAAGGAAAACAAUUUAUUUGUAGUCAUUCUGAUGGCACCUUGACUAUAUGGAAUGUGAGGUCUCCUGCUAAACCUGUACAGACAAUCACUCCACACGGAAAACAGUUAAAGGAUGGGAAGAAGCCAGAACCAUGCAAACCUAUCCUCAAGGUGGAAUUCAAAACGUCUAGAUCUGGAAGUUGUAGGCAAGGCCAGGUUUUCAACAAGAAGCAACUCUGGAUGGGUUCAAAUUUUCAAGCAGGUACUCCAUUGAACUCCUGGGAGUUCUGCACUACAUACAGAUCAUUAGAAGAGGAGCCUUUUAUUAUUUUAUCAGGAGGUUUGUCAUAUGAUACUGUAGGAAGAAGACCUUGCUUAACAGUUAUGCAUGGGAAAAGUACUGCAGUGCUAGAAAUGGACUAUUCCAUUGUUGAUUUCCUAACACUGUGUGAAACACCAUACACAAAUGAUUUUCAGGAACCAUAUGCCGUUGUUGUUCUUCUAGAAAAGGACUUAGUACUUAUAGACCUUGCACAAAAUGGAUAUCCUAUAUUUGAAAAUCCCUACCCUUUGAGUAUACAUGAAUCCCCUGUUACAUGUUGUGAAUAUUUUGCUGAUUGUCCUGUGGACCUUAUUCCUGCACUUUAUUCUGUUGGAGCUAGACAGAAACGUCAAGGUUACAGCAAAAAGGAGUGGCCUAUUAAUGGAGGUAAUUGGGGUUUGGGUGCUCAAAGUUACCCAGAAAUAAUUAUUACAGGGCAUGCUGAUGGGUCUGUUAAGUUCUGGGAUGCUUCUGCAAUAACUCUACAAGUAUUAUAUAAACUAAAGACAGCUAAAGUAUUUGAAAAGUCAAGAAAUAAAGAUGACAAGCCAAACACAGACAUUGUAGAUGAAGAUCCGUAUGCCAUUCAAAUCAUCUCCUGGUGUCCCGAAAGUAGAAUGCUAUGCAUAGCCGGAGUUUCAGCUCAUGUCAUUAUUUAUAGAUUCAGCAAACAAGAAGUUAUUAUAGAAGUCAUUCCGAUGCUUGAAGUUCGAUUGUUAUAUGAGAUAAAUGAUGUGGAAUCCCCGGAGGCUGAACAGGCGCCACCUCUGUCAACACCAGUGGGAGCUACCAGUCCUCAGCCCAUCCCGCCUCAGUCUCAUCCUUCCACCAGUAGCAGUUCCUCUGAUGGCCUUCGAGACAAUGUCCCUUGUUUAAAAGUUAAAAAUACACCACUUAAGCAGUCUCCAGGUUAUCAAACAGAACUAGUUAUUCAGUUGGUGUGGGUGGGUGGAGAACCACCACAACAAAUAACCAGCCUGGCAGUCAAUUCUUCCUAUGGAUUGGUUGUUUUUGGCAAUUGUAAUGGCAUUGCGAUCGUUGACUACCUUCAGAAGGCAGUACUCCUCAAUCUGGGCACUAUUGAAUUAUAUGGCUCCAACGAUCCUUACAGGAGAGAACCCCGGUCUCCUCGUAAAUCUCGACAACCUUCAGGAGCAGGUCUGUGUGAUAUUAAUGAAGGGACUGUAGUCCCAGAGGAUCGCUGCAAAUCUCCAACGUCUGGUUCUUCAUCACCACUCAAUUCAGAUGAUGAACAAAAAAUGAAUAAUUUUAUAGAAAAGGUGAAGACCAAAAGCAGAAAGUUUUCCAAGAUGGUAGCCAGUGAUAUAGCAAAGAUGUCAAGGAAGUUAAGCUUGCCUACUGACCUAAAGCCUGACUUAGAUGUGAAAGAUAACUCCUUCAGCCGGUCCCGGAGUUCAAGCGUAACCAGCAUUGAUAAAGAAUCUCGAGAAGCCAUAUCUGCUCUCCAUUUUUGUGAAACUUUUACUCGAAAGGCAGAUUCGUCUCCUUCCCCCUGCUUAUGGGUUGGUACUACACUGGGGACAGUGCUUGUCAUUGCACUGAACCUCCCCCCAGGAGGAGAGCAAAGACUUCUUCAGCCAGUAAUUGUGUCUCCAAGUGGUACUGUAUUGAGGUUAAAGGGAGGGAUCCUGAGAAUGGCAUUCCUGGACACCACAGGCUGCUUAGUGCCACCUGCCUAUGAAUCCUGGAGAGAACACAACGUUCCUGAAGAAAAAGAUGAAAAGGAGAAAUUGAAAAAAAAACGGCCAGUCUCUGUAUCCCCUUCUUCCUCUCAGGAAAUUAAUGAAAACCAGUAUGCAGUGAUUUGUUCUGAAAAGCAAGCAAAAGUAAUCGCACUGCCAACUCAGAACUGUGCUUAUAAGCAAAACAUUACAGAGACCUCGUUUGUUCUUCGGGGAGAUAUUGUGGCAUUGAGUAACAGUAUCUGCCUUGCCUGCUUCUGUGCCAAUGGACAUAUUAUGACUUUUAGUUUGCCAAGUUUAAGGCCUCUAUUGGAUGUGUAUUACUUGCCCCUUACCAAUAUGCGGAUAGCCAGAACGUUCUGCUUCACCAACAAUGGACAAGCAUUAUAUCUUGUUUCACCUACAGAAAUCCAGAGACUCACUUACAGCCAAGAGACCUGUGAAAAUCUUCAAGAAAUGUUGGGUGAACUCUUCACUCCUGUAGAAACACCUGAAGCACCAAACAGGGGAUUCUUUAAAGGCUUAUUUGGAGGUGGUGCACAGUCUCUUGAUAGAGAAGAACUAUUUGGAGAAUCGUCCUCAGGAAAGGCUUCGAGAAGUCUUGCACAACAUAUCCCUGGUCCUGGUGGCAUUGAAGGUGUGAAAGGAGCAGCAUCUGGAGUCGUCGGUGAAUUAGCACGAGCCAGGUUGGCACUGGAUGAAAGAGGGCAGAAACUGGGGGACCUGGAAGAAAGAACCGCAGCUAUGUUGUCCAGCGCGGAUUCAUUCUCUAAACAUGCUCAUGAGAUGAUGUUGAAAUACAAAGAUAAGAAGUGGUACCAGUUCUGACCACCAGAAAUCCAACUAAGUUCAACUUCAGCCAAAAGGAAAAAGAAUUUUCCUUUUUCAUUUCAUUGAUUUCACUUUAGGAAAGUUAACAUUAAAGGAUGUUCAUCACUGGAUACUGUUCUUUCCUAGCACAAUUAUGCACUGUUUUACCUCAGUCAUGUGGCUUUACUGAGGAGUGUCCACAUGCUAGUGUGGAGUAUAUGGUCUGUGCCAACUAUGAGAUGACCGUUUGGGAACUAAGCAGGUUGCACAUUACAAAGGAAGAAACCAGGGGGAUGUUGAGGAGCCAUGGCAGGACUAUUCCUGGAUCAUUCCUGUAUUAAACUGUCAUAUGCCAAAAGAUUUGUGCUGUUGCAUCUGCCAUCAGUGUUUGACCUCUGAGGGAGAGGCAAUAAGAUAAAGCUCUGAAGCAUAAAUGGUUAUGUUUGGUCUCAUUGACUGAAUUAUAAACAGUUGUCUUGGACUUUCCCUCCCUUAAACUGACUGGUCCUCAGUAUCAUUAGUGAGAAAGAAAUGAACUGUGUGUUACCAAAUCUUUACACAGAUAAGCUGAAUGGCGGGCUUUAAAUAAUAAAGACAUACACAUGGUUGACUUGUGUAUGGGCCACUCUUGGAUUCUUGUCAUUGUAUACUUGUGUUUAGUCCAUAUUUUGUCAAAAACAAAACAAGGUGAUACACCACUUUUCAUUGAAAAGAAAAGUGUAGAGCAUGACUGAACUGCUCGUCAUCCCGGGAGUUUCCAUGUAGUGGCUACCCAGUGUGGAGAGUGAG